AUGACCUUCUAUUCGCGCGAAGAAUUCAUGAAGGAGUUUGCCUUCCCCGUUGAACCGGCCCAAGAUUUUGAACGUGCUGGCGUCCCCGCUCAAUAUGCCUCUGGUCACCCGAAGGAGUGGUCGCAAACGCACGAUGUUAUCAACUUCAGCGCCGAUCUGCCACAAUCACUCGAUAUUACACACCAAAGUUACGAUACUGCUGUGAGCUCUGACAAGAAACUGCUGGCCAUCAGCAGUAACGUGGGCCGAAUCCUGAUAUACAACAUUCAGACCCGACAGCUGUGCGAGGUCCUCGAGGGAGCUGGAUCGGUGGCGUUCCGGCCUUCUGAUACCCAUGGGGAAAGUCAUGCAGAGAUUGAGCAAACCUCCGGUUCAGGGACUCCGAGACCUGGCUACACCCUGGUGAGCUCCAUCGUCGAUGAGACACAGCGUAGCGAACGUACAACCGGCCAGCUCAUCCUUUGGGAUCUAGACCAAAACGGUCGCACACUCGACAAAGAAGAGCCGAUCGAUCCCUCCGUUUGGGCUACGAAAGCUAUCGAUGCAAUCGCCCCCGAACUUGCAGCAAGCCACGAAUGGACCAGGGAGUUCAUCGCUGCGUCUUCGCUUCAUACAGAGUUCAUGAAAGCGCUCAGUCAUGUAGCCGCCGACCAUAGUAGGCGCCACAACACCAUCAUUGAUAACGCGGCACUGGGAGGCUUCAGGUCUAAAUGCUUCAGCAAGGACGGAAGACUGAUGCUGUACCAUUCGAACACCCGUUCGACCCAAAGCGGCAUGCGCCCAGCGGAAGACUUGCCGCUCGUCGUUAUCUAUGAUGUGGAAGCAGGUAAAGAGAUGCACCGCCUUACUGGACACACGGAUGCCAUCAUGUGGUCGGCUAUGAGCCCGGACAUGGAGUGUGUUGCCACGGUGUCUUGGGAUGGCUCGCUACGAGUGUAUUCUGUCUCAACUGGGGCUCUCAUUUGGGCUACAGACAAAUUAGGUGGACAGAGUUGGGCCGGCGCGUUCUCGCCAGACUCAAAGCUUAUCGUAUGGAGCACCAAGAAUGGGUCAGUGGUGCAGGUUCACGAUGUCUCAGACGGGCGAAAGGUAGCAAUCAUGCAAGAGAAAUUUCCCCGCUGGUGCCGGUACUUUGACUGGCAUCCAACGCGAUCAGAGAUUGCGCUUUGCGCUGGUAAAGAAGCAUACGUCUGGAACCCCUUGGAUGGUCCCAACGGCAAGAUACUUCAGCAUUUCAAGAUCGAGGGCAAAGAACGACUGAGUAUGUUUGAGAUCCACGCUGUUCUAUGGAUGAACGAAGGUCGAUUACUGGGUAUUGAGUCGGACGAAGGUUCAAGUCUGAUCUACGAUACGGAAAGCAACGCGAAAGAGCUGUUCUGGCGACCUGCUGGCACGGCGGCUGACUAUGUUACGGGUAGUCUCUGCGGUAUGUUCCGAGACAAGGAAGAACAUGAUGUGUACCUGAGUGUCAAUGGCGAUGGGACUGCGCGGUUCUGGCGAACAAGCGUCCCAGCUUUUCCAUCGUGGUGGGAUAAAGACCCGAUUCCGGUCGUCACAAAGAAAGCAUUUCCUGAGACGGGAAAGUAUGUCAAGAUCACGAAGACGUCGGGCAAAGCAACUUCACAGCACGAAGCCACUAGAGAGAGUCAGGCUGAAAACGGUGCGGCGUUGUACACUGCCGAGUAG